AUGAAUGAGCUACUUAAUCAUGGAUUUACAUCUAAUGCUAUUAAAUCAGAUUAAGAAGAAAUUAAUGAGAUUGCAUGUCAUUAUUAUUAAGAAAAAGGGAAAUUAGUCCGCCCAACUUUAAAUCUUUUAAAUAUCCAUGUUUCUUCAUUAGUUCAUGAUGAUAUAAUUGAUAAUGCUUACACUAGGCGAGGUUAAUAAACAACGCAUGUAAAAUAUGGAUAUAGAUAAGCGGCAUUUUCAGGAGAUUAUAUUAUAGGAAGAUCUGGUUAAUAAAUAAUAAAAUUUAAUGAUUUAAGAAUGUAUUAAAUAUAUUCUAGUAUUAUGGAAAAUCUUGUGAAUGGUGAAAUGCAAUAAGCCGGAAUAAAAAAAAAAAAAAAAAAUUUCCAAAAUUAAAUGGAUUAAAUAUUAAAAAAUUAUCUUUUAAAAACAUAUUACAAAACUGCUUCUUUAAUGGCUUAUAGUGCUUAAGGAGUCGGGAUUUUAUUUAAUCAAGAAUAAUAGAAUUAAGAAUAAUUAUUUAAAUUUGCAUAACAUUUAGGAAUUAGCUUUUAAUUAGCUGAUGAUAUGUUAGAUUUUACAAGUGAUUCGGUUUCUUUAGGAAAAGCUGCUUUAGCAGAUUUAAAAGAAGGAAAUGUUACAGGCCCUAUUUUAUUUGCAAUUUAAGAAAUAAAAAAUACUGAUGAAGGAAAAAAAGUAAUUGAUUUAAUUUAAAAAAACCCAUAGAAAAUGAGUCAAGAAUAAAUUGAACAUG